AUGGCAAUCAAGCGUGGCAUUCAGCGACCAGCGAAUCAGGCUUCAGAAUGUGACGACCGACAACGAGUCGUGGCGUGGAAUGGAACGUCAGAACCCGUCCCUUCUACCCUCACCGACCGAGCGGGCGUCAUCUACGGCCCGCGGAGGCAGGAUGCUGCGAGGACUGCUGAGGAUGGACCAAGCUGUUGCCUGUUUGUCGCAACAUCUCAGUCUGAUCCGAUUCCGGCCAAAGAGUCAUCUGUUCGUGAGUCUCCACAAUCACCAGAAACACGGGAUUUGGCGAUCAGUACUUCGUGGCCGACCCCAGAACAAACACACUGCAAGGGCGGGUCUCGAAUAGAUGACAUCGAAGUCGACUCGGGCUCCCCACUCUCAGUAGAGCAUGUGGACAAGAUCGUACCGCUGAAGCACGCCGAGAGCCAGUGA